UUGACAUCUGGGAGAUAAUAUUUCCUGGUGUCCAGCAACCGCAAAGUCCUUGUUGGUGACAUUGGUUCUCUGCCAUGGCCUCUUCACGCUGACAGCUUCCAGACAGUGAGCCGCCCAAAUUCGAUUCCACAUCUUUCUUGACUGAUGUCGAGUAUAAUGCAGAGUUCAACUACGAGACUGGGCUGCUCGAUCGCGAUGAAAGGAUUCACGGCGUAUGGAUGGGUAUAAUCAAACAUUCUCUUAAUCCUGGUUUAGAGGCAUACCGGGACAUCAAGACGGAGCCUCCGGCCUUUGCCCAAGAGAACAAAGCAAUAUCACAAGGCAGAGCUGGCUGCGAGGAUACGGAAUGCUUCUCGGAGAAACUCAAGAAGAUGGAUCAUCAACGACCGGCUCCUUGUGUCCGCCUUGAACCAGCACCAAUGAUUGAUACAGCCUUCGUUCAACCUGUUAUUUCAAGUUCACAACAGAAAGUCAAGCAUGCACUGGGGAACAGCGAUCAGACUCAGGAGCCAGUUCCACCAGCACAAUCACCUCUGCGAAUGAUACCCAGGCCACGAAUCCUCAGAGAACCAAGACAGAGAUCGUUUCUGAUUUCCGACCCUCUUAACUCCAACCGCGCUCAGAUCAUGAUCUCAGCAGAUUCACAAGCAAUGGAACCACUAAUUGCUCACUAUAGCGAUGAUCGCCAGUCCCCGUUCGACGCUCCCCGGAUAUCAAAUCAAGGUCCAUUUCUCGGACUAGACGAUCUCAACGACUUUUCCACUUUCGUCCAACCUCCACAAACAAUGUACGAUUACGACAAUCACAAGUUCUGUUCAGCCACAGAAGAUAUUUCUAGGGGCGGGACUGAUGUAUACGUGGAUUCUCAUGACUUUGAAGGUUUGCUGUCUUUUGAAUCAUCACUACCAGACGCCAACGGUCCAAUCAAGCAUGUUCGAGAUAUGAACAAGGGGUUGAAAGGCAGGUAUGAAUUCGAUGGCUCAAUGUAGCAGUCUGGAACUGCAGAGCGAAAGAUUUGUGCUAUUAUGUAUUGUAUAAUAUGCGAUCACGUUCUCCCAAAGACCACUAUGAUUUUCAU